GUCGAAGACAUAAUCAGUUAAGAAAGAAUAUCUAGUCAAUCCCGUUCAAUUAAAAUUACUAACAUUGAAUUUACAAUUGACAAGGACUACAGAAGGUUUCACGGGAAUUUUUCAUAUCUGGGCCUCUUUUUGUUUCAUUUCAUAUUCCAUUCAAUUUUGAUCCUUUAUAUCAUUGCAUUUAGCUUUCAUUUACAAGGGAAUCCUUCGAUAUUAGGCUUUAUAAAAGAUUCACUUCACUGCCUUGUCGUCUAGGUGUUGCCAGAAAAAAAAUGGGUCUUAAAAUACUCAGAUUUGUCUUUAUGGCUGCGGCCGUACUGUGUACCGCUGUAGGCGGCCUUUUGUCUAUCCUUUGUAUAAUCAACCAAACACAGCACAACAUUGCUUUCCAAAAUAUUUACUUCGUCCAGCUCAACACUACCUCGUUAUUUUCAGUCAAGAAUGCUACAGAGCUUGCACAAACAAUUGGACAAGAAGUCGGAGGUAGUUUGGCAGAUCAAUUAGCCGAGGUGAUUGAAAAAGACAAUCCACAAGUUGAAGCUUUGGUUACACAGUUAGAAAGGGAAAUGAAGAAAGUUUCAAAUGUUCCAGAUUGGUAUUCAGUUGGUCUUUGGAACUACUGUAAAGGCAGUUCCAAGGACUAUACAAAUCCUACUUCAUGUACGAAGCCUUCGUCAAAAUAUUAUUUCAACCCCAUCGAAAUGAUUGAAAAUGAUCUAUCAAAUGCCGCCAAAACGCAAGUUAGUCUCCAUUUAUCAGAUGAAGCUCAGUACGGUUUAAAGAUUUCCAAAGGCAUUUGUUAUGCUCUUCGAGCUUUGUAUGUUUUAGGGUUCAUGUUUUUCAUUUUCACACUUGCUUCCGUAUUGGUUUCUUGGUGCCCAUUUUUUGGUCCUCUAUUGGUUUCUGUAUGCUGCUUCUUCGCUACAGUCUUCACAUUAGUAGCUGCAUGUAUGGCUGUUGCCUUUUAUCGUGUUGUUAUAUCAAAAGUUGAAGAAAACAUAACUAUGUUAAAUAUUCCAAUGGAGUUGGGAAAAAAAGUAUAUGCGUAUUCUUUUAUUUCUGCAGCUGCUGGCAUAGCAGCCCUAAUUUUCUUUUUUAUUGCCAACUUGACUAGUUACUCCCCUGUUUAAUUCUGUAUAUUAUUCACUCUUUCUUUCUUUACCAAUGGUUCAUUGUUUCUGCGACAGAUUGCAUUUCAUUUUUAAAUUACCAUGAUUUUAUCAUUUGUCGACUACAACAUUUUCAUUCUUUUUGCAUAUUGUUUAAUUUUCUUAGAUUAUAAUAAAUUAUUUAGCAAAAAUUUCCUGUUAAAAAUGCCUAAAUUGCAAAAAAUUAUUGUAUCAAAAAGAAC